UUCAACCCUGGUUCUUGCUUAUCUUUCUGUGUCUUUCUGUCACAACAAAAUAUCCUGUCACUAAAGAGAAAUAGAGAAUAUUGGCAAAUUUCAGACUCUACGCACAGUUAAUGAACAUAUAAAAACUAACCUCUUCUUUCAAUUUUUUGAACGCAAAAAUUGUAAAAUACUAAAAAUUUUUAAGUGCUUAUGAUGUGAAAAAAAUUACAUGCAUCGCAGACAAAAUAUUGGACAGUCUUUUUUUUUGUGAAAAGGUUCAUAUAAUUUCACAAAUGCCUUCAGCAACAGGCGGAGGUCAGCAAAAGGGUGGGCCUAAUAUGCCCAACAAUGAGGAAUGUGGAAUACGAGAUGUAUGGGGACACAAUCUUGAAGAAGAAUUUCGGGCGAUACGUCAAGUAGUACAACAAUAUCAAUAUAUAGCAAUGGACACAGAAUUUCCAGGAGUUGUUGCAAGACCAAUUGGUGAAUUUAGGACGAGUGCAGACUAUCAAUAUCAACUUUUACGUUGCAAUGUUGAUUUACUGAGGAUUAUACAACUUGGUCUCACAUUUUUAGAUGAGACAGGUAAUACACCAGGUGGUAGUUACACAACGUGGCAAUUCAAUUUCAAAUUUAAUCUUCAAGAGGACAUGUAUGCACAAGACAGUAUAGAUAUGUUGCAAAAUAGUGGUAUACAAUUUAAAAAACAUGAAGAAGAGGGAAUCGAUCCAUUAGAUUUUGCCGAACUCUUAAUGACAUCGGGUAUUGUACUAAUGGAUGACAUUAAGUGGCUAUCGUUUCAUUCUGGCUACGAUUUUGGAUAUCUUUUAAAACUUCUCACCGAUCAAAAUCUACCACAAGAAGAAAGUGAAUUCUUCGAUUUACUUAGGAUAUAUUUCCCAACGAUUUACGAUGUUAAAUACCUCAUGAAGUCUUGUAAAAAUUUGAAAGGUGGUCUACAGGAAGUGGCGGAGCAGUUGGAACUUCAAAGAGUUGGUCCACAGCAUCAAGCAGGUUCCGAUUCUUUAUUGACGGGCAUGGUGUUUUUUAAGAUGCGCGAGAUGUUCUUUGAGGACAACAUUGACGAUGCAAAAUACUGCGGUCACUUGUACGGAUUGGGGACGUCGUUUGUCGUUAAUGGUUCCGGCGGCUAUCUCGAGAGUAACGGGGAAAAUACAUCGUCCUCGUAAUUAUUCAGGAGUAAAUACUUCAACUCCAAAUCAUACACGCGACACAGUACUAGCGAAUCAAUCACAAAAGAAAAAUAAAAAAACAACAUGUGUGUUCGUUCCGUUUUAAUUCUGAAUUUUCGGAAUAAUUUUCAGUGAACGGAAGCGAACAACGAAUAAUUUCUUUUCUUUUCUUUUUUUGUUCAUCUUUUCUUUUUUUUUUGUAAAAGAAAAAAAAACAUAUAUAUAUAUAUUUUAAUUCGCGCAUCAUACAAUGAUUUUUGUGUUUUAUGCGUACCAAUUGACAAGAGUUUAUACAAGUACGCAUGUCAAAUGUGAAAGAAGAGAGAUACAGAGACAUUAAAAAUGAAAAUUGUAGAAUACAUGUAAUCUUGUAAUAAAUUGUGACAAUAUAAGUAUUCAAGUUA